AUGCCUCUGGAGCCUGGCCAGAAGACGGUGCUCAUCACCGGUUGCUCUCCCGGUGGCAUAGGCAAUGAGCUUUGCAAGGCGUUUCACGACCGAGGCCUGCAUGUCAUCGCCACAGCGCGUAAUCCAGCCGUGUUGGCAGACUUUGUUGGAAAGCCAGGCUUCACAUGUCUCCAGCUCGACGUAACCAAUGAGAAGAGCAUUUCCGCCUGCGUGGAAGAGGUUGCAACCCUGACUGGAGGCACUCUCGACAUCCUCGUCAACAAUGCAGGCAGGACACAUACCGUCCCCGCUACCGAUCUAGACAUGGACGAGGUGCGCGAGACUUUUGAGGCCAACGUGUUCGGCGUCAUGGCCAUGGUGAAAGGCUUCAUCCACCAGCUCAUAUCCGCCCAUGGACUCAUCAUCAACAUCUCCUCCGCCUCUUCCAUCGUGCCGUACCCGUUCGCCGCCGCCUACAGCGCCUCCAAGUGCGCCGUCAACGGCUACUCGCGCACCCUCCGUCAGGAACUCCGCCCCUAUGGCGUGCGUGUCAUGGUCGCCAUCACGGGCACCGUGCGUACCAACAUCAACCUGCAGACGGCCCGCCAGCUGCCCGAGAACAGCCUGUACCGGCCUAUCGAGGAUAUCUACCGCUGGCGCCUUACCUUCUCACGGACGACCCCUUCGUCGGUUGAACCGGCUGACUAUGCCAGGACGCUGGUGGCCGAUGCUCUGCGGCCCGAGUGGCCUGUUUUCUUGCGCGGCAUAUUGGGUUGGGGACGCCCUGACUGGCAUUAUGCUGGAGGGCUCGCCAAAUUCGUCUGGUUUGGGUCGUGCGUGGGCGAGUGGCUUCUUGAUACGGUUAUCUACCCAAUGUUCAAACUCAACACCCUCGAGACCAAGUUGAAGCAAACAGACGGGCAGAAGCUGAAUUGAAGCUUUGCGCAUGGUCAGCAGCCACGUGAACCUGGGCGUCAGGGAUGCGACUCUACUCUGUGACGAGAUGCCGCGCUGGAGAAAGUGAGGUAGUACACGUAUGUUAGUAUGUGUUGAACUACCGCCCGGCUUCAAUACACAGUGUGGACAAUCAGAAAGUUUUUGAGAGUUUGGUUCUGAAGACGGCCACCAUAUAAUCAUGUAAUUGUCAAUGGUACACGGCGGUCGGACAUUAUUCCCUUGCGCGAAGGCCGAGUAACAACUCAGCAAGUA